AUGGCGGGGGAGCGGGCGGUCGGGCUUGUGCGGGAGCUGCAGAGCGCUGCGGGCGGGCGGCUGCCGCCCUUCCGGGCGGAGGAGCUGCGGCAGGUGCUGGAGGAGAUGCGGACGCUGUACGAGCGGAACCAGGCGGAUGUGUCUGAAGCGAAGUCGGGCCGAACGGAUCUGAUUUUCCUCAUCCGGUUUCGGCACUGCUGCCUCCUCCGCAACCAGCGCUGCAUCGUGGCUUACCUGUACGACCGGCUGCUACGGAUCCGGGCGCUCCGGUGGGAGUAUGGAAGCAUUCUGCCCAAUGCCAUCCAGUUCCACAUGGCAGCCGAGGAAGUGGAGUGGUUCAAUCGGUACAAGAAAUCCCUAGCUACCUACAUGAGGUCAGUGGGAGGAGAGGAGGGACUGGACCUUACACAGGACAUAAAGCCUCCUAAAAGCCUGUACAUUGAAGUGCGGUGUUUGAGAGACUAUGGAGAAUUUGAGAUCGAUGAUGGCACCACUGUCCUGUUAAAGAAGAACAGCCAGCACUUCUUGCCCCGCUGGAAAUGUGAGCAGUUAAUCAGACAAGGAGUCCUGGAGCACAUUCUGUCAUAAGCGUGCAGGACAGGAGCCUUUGCUUGGUGGUCUGUGCAGGACUUCAGCCGCCUCAGUAUUUUAGAGCACCCUACAACUCCUCAUAACAGCUUGACACAAAGAUCAUCUCCAAGCUUGUAAGCAAACCACAUUGGCCAGCACUUUGUGACCAAAGGGUGCGUAGCAGUAACACAGUAAGCCUGAGAGUCCUGCAGUGGGUGGAGGGUGUCUUGUAAGCACCAGAGCUACAAGCAGGGUUUGUGAAUGCAGUUUUGCUUGGAGCAGUUCUUUGUGCCUUGGAAAAUAAGAGACUGACCAGCUGGGAGAGUUCCACAGCUGCCAAAUAAAAAACUGCUUCAGCUUUCAAUGUUAAUAGCUCUUCGAGAGUCUAUGUUAUGCUCUUUACAGCUCUCUGACCUGGCUCUUUUGUUCAACCCAGAUUGACUGUGCAAAGUGAUGCUUAGGAGGUCAUUAGGUGUCUCAGUGAACUUCAACCAUCAGGUCAGCUUCAAGAGUUUCUUUCUGGGGCUAGAUGUGGAGCUGCUCACUUUCAAUAGUGGCUGAGAGAUAGUACUUCCAAAAGCAUAAGCUCUAGGUAAGACUGCAGGCUUUCCUGGCCUGAUGCCCAUCUGACAAGCAAAAAAAGCAGUAGCUUAAGGAAGAAUGCAAGCAGAGAAGUGCCCAAGCAGUUU